GCUGUCUGCCAUGAAAUAAUCACAGUCAAACAGCAGACUACUUGCGCGGUGAAACUUCCGGAUUUUCGACAACCAAAUGGGAAGAUAACUGUAAUCUGAGGCCAGCACCAUGAAUCUCGGUUUAGCGCUAUUUUUGGCUUAUAGCCGAAACUACUUUAUGAAUUAUGUCAACAAAGGAAUCCCCGGGGAAUUUCCUUGAGAUUCUAUUUUUAGACAUCAAUACAGUAAUCGUCUGCUGUCAAACUUCCAAGUGUCAGCGUUAGACAUCGUAACAUGUCAGAUGUUCCUAUACAAUUUUGUGGAGAUUUUAAUUUAAACACGUCGUUUUCAUCUUUGUUUGAAGCAAAUAAAAUGGAGUCUGAUGAGGAAUUAGAUAAACUUUUAUCACAAGUGGCAGAAACAAUGGAGCAGCAGAAUUUAGUAGUGCAAUCAGAAGAAAAGUGUCGUUGGGAAAGUUACAGAAAUGGAAAUGAAAGCAAUUGAAGAAAAACGGCAAUCAGCAUCUACUAAAAGAAACACAAAAUGGGGCAUGAAUGUUUUUGAAGCAUGGUGUGUCGAGAGUGGCAUCCCCUGUCCAGAUUUCACAACGGUAGAGGCGACAAAACUGGCAUUGUUACUGAGGUCGUUUUACGCGUCAACAGCACCACUGGUGACCGAAGGGAGAAAAAGGAGGCUGCCCGAGAAACAAGUCGGGGAAUACCAUAAAAACACUUUAAUAAACAUUAGAGGGGCUCUAAACAGGCAUUUGCAUGACAGUGAUAGGAACAUAGAUAUUGUGAAAGAUAAGAGUUUAAAAAAGCAAAUGAUUUACUGAACGGUAAACUGAAAGUCAUGAUGGAAUCCGGAACAUCGCGUGCAACGAAACAUAAACCAAUAAUUGGGUAGUUCCGACUUAAAUAAAAUC